AUGCCUCGGAAGCAGCAGGCUGGCUGCGUCUGUCUCUUCACAUUCCUGGGUCUGUCUGGGCUGGUUGGCGCAGUUACCAGGACAUACCACAUUGGGAUCGUGGAAGAAUACUGGAACUAUGUGCCCCAAGGGAAGAACGUUAUUACUGGGGAAAGUUUUUCAGAAGACAAACUUGCAACCUUAUUUCUCGAAAGAGGGCCCAACAGGAUAGGUAGUCUUUACAAAAAGGCUGUCUAUAGACAUUACACAGAUGAGACCUAUUCCACGGAGAUCCCGAAACCUCCCUGGCUUGGAUUCCUGGGCCCUAUCUUGAGGGCUGAAGUGGGUGAUGUGAUUGUCAUCCAUUUAAAGAACUUUGCUUCUCGACCGUACUCUUUGCAUCCACAUGGCGUAUUCUACAACAAAGAUUCAGAAGGAGCCCUAUACCCAGAUGGAACAUCUGGAAGGAAUAAGGAUGAUGAUAUGGUUCCUCCCGGCAAAAACUACACCUAUGUCUGGCCAGUGAGAGAAGAAUACGCCCCUGCUCCAGCGGACGCCAACUGCCUGACCUGGGUGUACCAUUCGCACAUUGACGCUCCUAAGGACAUCUGCUCUGGGUUAAUUGGCCCACUGCUGGUGUGCAAGGAAGGUAUUCUGAAUAAAUAUUCAGGAACAAGGACAGAUGUGGACCGAGAGUUCAUUAUAAUGUUUACUCUGGUGGAUGAGAAUCAAAGCUGGUACCUUGAUGAAAAUAUCAGACAUUUCUGCACUGACCCUAAUUCAGUUGACAAAAAAGAUGCUGUUUUCCAGAGAAGUAAUAAAAUGCACGCCCUCAACGGAUACCUCUUUGGAAACUUCCCCGAGCCUGAAAUGUGUGUUGGAGAAUCAGUGUCCUGGCACCUAUUCGGGAUGGGGAAUGAGAUAGACAUCCAUUCCAUCUAUUUUUAUGGUAACACCUUCGUCAGCAGAAGGCAUCGGACUGAUGUCGUCAACCUGUUCCCAGCCACUUUUCUGACAGUAGAAAUGAUAGUCGAGAAUCCUGGGAAGUGGAUGAUAACCUGCCAAGUUAGUGAUCACCUGCAAGCUGGCAUGCUGGGGCAGUACAAUGUUGGUAACUGCAAAGGUGACACUCCUCACCCCAGGAUGACGGGUCAACAAAGGCGUUACUUUAUAGCAGCCGAAAAAGUUCUUUGGGAUUAUGCUCCUCAAGGCUAUAACAAAUUCAGUGGCCUUCCCCUAAAUGCUUCCGGCAGUGACUCCGAGCUCUACUUCACACAAGGGGACAACAGAAUUGGAGGAAAAUAUUGGAAGGCUCAGUAUAUGGAGUAUGUUGAUGCAACUUUUACUCGAAGAAAGAGACUCUCUGAGGCAGAAGCCCAUCUUGGAAUUCUUGGUCCUGUCAUCAGGGCAGAGGUGGGUGAUACCCUGUUAGUGACCUUUGCCAACAAAGCCGACAAAGUCUACAGUAUUUUGCCUCAUGGCAUCAUCUAUGACAAGGCCUCUGAUGCAGCCCCAAACAUAGAUGGAUUUCUGAAACCAGGGGCACAUGUUAAGCCAGGUGAAACCUUCACAUACAAAUGGACAGUGCCUGAAAGUGUAAGCCCGACGGCCGGCGAUCCCCCCUGUCUGACCUACCUUUACUUCUCAGCGGUUAAGCCAAUUCAGGACACCAGCUCUGGCCUUGUGGGGCCCUUGCUCAUCUGUAAAAAGGGCGUUCUCAAUGCUGAUGGGACACAGAAAGGAAUAGACAAGGAAUUUUAUCUACUAUUUACAGUGUUUGAUGAGAAUCUGAGCGGGUAUCUUGAUGAAAACAUUCAGAGAUUUACAUGGCGUCCCUUCAGUGUUGACAAAGAAGACAAAGAUUUUGUGAAUUCCAACCGAAUGCAUGCUAUUAACGGCUAUAUGUAUGGCAACCAGCCAGGACUAAGCAUGUGCAAAAAAGAUAGAGUUUCCUGGCAUAUGAUUGGAAUGGGCACUGACACUGAUAUGCAUGGAGUCCAUUUUCAAGGGAACACCAUCCACGUACGAGGGACUCACCGUGACACCUUGGCCCUGUUUCCUCAUACCUCCACAACCGUGUUCAUGCAGCCAGACCAUGCAGGUAUUUUCAGGGUGUUUUGCUCCACCAUGCACCACUUCGUGAGAGGCAUGAAUCAGAUAUAUGAGGUCAACAGCUGUGGCAACAAGGACCCUUCUGAGCAGCCGUACGGGAUGAUAAGAACCUUUUACAUCGCCGCUGAAGAGGUAGAAUGGGAUUAUGCCCCUAACAAAAACUGGGAGUUCGAAAAGCAGCACUUGGACGCAGGAGGGGAAAGACAUGGAGAUAUAUUUAUGAACCACACUGAAAACUGGAUUGGCUCUCAGUACAAGAAGGUGGUUUACAGAGAAUACACUGAUGGGGAAUUUGUGGAGAUCAAGGCCCGGCCACCGCGAGAGAAGCACUUGGAACUGCUGGGUCCAAUGAUUCAUGCUGAGGUAGGCGACUCCAUCCUGAUCAUAUUUAAGAACAAAGCUAAGCGGCCCUACUCCAUCUCAGCCCAUGGUAUUGAAAACAUGGAUAUUGGGAAGCAACUCCAAGUGCCCAUCACAAAGCCAGGAGAAAUAAAAACUUACAGGUGGAAUGUCCCUAAAAGGUCUGGUCCAGGACCAAAUGACCCAAAUUGUAUUCCAUGGGUUUACUAUUCAACAGUAAACUUUGUGAAGGAUACAUAUAGCGGUUUGAUGGGUCCUUUGAUUAUUUGCAGAGAAGGAGUAUUGAAUGAAAAGGGAAGAAGAAGCGAUAUUGAUUAUGAAUUUGCUCUCCUGUUUUUGGUAUUUAAUGAGAAUGAAUCCUGGUAUCUGGAUGACAAUAUUAAGAAGUAUCUCAACAAAGAUCCACGAGAUUUUAAGUGCACUGACGAUUUUGAAGAAAGCAACAAAAUGCAUGCUAUCAAUGGAAAGAUUUUUGGGAACCUUCAUGGUCUUAUCAUGAACGAAGAUACAAUGACAAACUGGUAUCUGUUGGGAAUGGGAAGUGAAAUUGACAUACAUACCAUCCAUUAUCAUGCAGAGAGCUUUCUUUUCAAAAUAGACAAAUCUUACCGAGAAGAUGUCUAUGAUCUCUUUCCUGGGACAUUCCAAACCAUUGAGCUGUUUGCAGAUCACCCAGGGACAUGGCUGUUACACUGUCAUGUGUCUGACCACAUCCACGCUGGCAUGGAGACAACUUACACGGUCCUUCGGAACAUAGACAACAGGAUCCCUUACUCCACCAAGUCUCCAUCUGGAGGAGCGCCCACCGUGCCCCCCAAUGAGGAGCCUGGCAAGGAACAGCUCUAUUUCUUUGGCAAGAAUCUGGGUCCCAGGGGAGCCAAAGCAGCCUUGGUUGUCCUCUGCAUCGUCGGACUCCUCCUCCUGGUCUCCACGGUGGUUCUCUCCCUGAGUCUGCACUCGGCAAGGAAGCGCGUUGUGUACCAGCAAGUCCAGUCCUGUGCACUCCCCACCGAUGCUCUGUGA